UUCGUUCCACUUUCAAACCGUCAAUCUCUCGCGCAAAUUUACAAUUUUUCGGCCACUGUCUCACUAUAUAAUACCGGAGUACCAACCCAGCAAUCAGUGUAGUACCACAAAGUACCAUCAAAAUGAUAUCACAAGUCGCAAUCGCCGCCCUUUUGUUGGGCGUAGCCAGCGCUGGGGUUGUUUUGGGCGGACUGGAGGACCACGUGGGGGUGGUUGGGCUGAGCCAUGGGGUCGUGGGGGUGAGCCAUGGGGUGGUUGGGGUGAGCCACGGGGUCGUGGACGUGCACACCCACCCAAAAUACGCUUUCAAAUACGGAAUAGAAGACCAUCACACCGGCGACAAACACCAGCAGUCCGAGGUCCGAGAUGGGGAUGUUGUCAAAGGGGAGUACUCCCUGGUGGAGCCCGAUGGUACCGUGCGCGUGGUCAAGUACACCGCUGAUGACCAUAAUGGGUUCAAUGCGGUCGUCCAUCGUGUGGGCCAUGCCGUGCACCCGCAAGUCGUCGUCAAGAAAGUGGUACCUGUUGCCCAUGGCAUCGUUGGAGGAGUGGGACUCCUGGGGCAUGGGUACGAAGGAGGAGUGGGACUUCUGGGGCAUGGAUACGAGGGAGGAGUGGGUCUUUUGGGGCACGGUUACGAAGGGGGAUACGGUCAUGGAAUUGUAGUGCAUCAUGGAAUCGGGGGAAUUUGUUUCCUUGUCGCUCUUGCUGCCGCCACCAAUGCUGGUGUUGCCACUUCAUACAUCGGACGGUUUGGUGGCGGCGAACUUGGUCUAGGUCUUGGGGGCGGCGUGGGUGUAAUCGGAGGCGGCGAACGCAUUGUAGACGUUUACGCCCCUCCAAAAUAUGAGUUCAAAUACGGAGUGGGUGACCCUAAAACUGGGGACCAAAAGGAGCAAACCGAGGCUCGAGUGAACGAUGUGGUCAAAGGGCAGUACUCUCUGGUGGAACCCGAUGGUACCAUAAGGGUCGUAAAGUACACCGCUGAUGAUAAAAAUGGGUUCAAUGCUGUGGUUUCGAGGAUUGGGAAAGCUGGCCAUCCGACCAUUUCCAGUGGAUUGGGAAUUGAAAUUUGAGGGAUAAAAAAUGAUUAUUGUUAUUCACUGUAUUUGUAAAAUAAUAAUAAAUAAAUUUGUUAAAAUCAA